AUGCAGGGUCUCUCUUUCAUGCUCAGUGCUGCUACCCUCUUCUUGGUCCUCUGCCUAGAGCUGGGGAUCAACAAAGCCCAGGAAACCACAGCUGUUCGUAAACCACUUAUCCCUAAAUUGAGAUAUACAAAUUUCGUAAGGGAAAAUGAGACAGUAUCUGUGGAAGUUCAACUUGCUACAGAAUAUAAGGAAUGUUUGGUGGUCAAAGCUUACCUUGUAAGUUAUAAGCCAAUUGAAGGUCCCUUCAACUAUAUACAAACCCGCUGCCUCUGUAAUGAUUAUCCUAUCACCGUCUUUUGGGACUUUGAAAUCCCAGAAACUCUAAACUUUGCAGUAGUGCUUGACCUCAUUGCAGAAAAAAAUAUCUGCCCUAAUGAUGUGGCAGUGCAACCUAUCAGCUUAAGGAGGUAUUAUGUCUAUGCUACUGUGCACAAAAUUUAA